AAAAUGGCAGUACAUAAACCGUGCAAAAUGAGCUACGUUUCGGUGUUGAUCUUUCUGUUCGCUUUCAGUUGUGUUUUAAAGGAAGUCUCGAGUCAGUGGCUUAGCAGAAAAACGUUUACAUUUACCAAGAAGUUCAAGCGCUUUUCUUGGGAGAAGUGUGAAAACCCAGAUGCUCCUUUCCAUUUGAAGACUCUUCAUGUGUAUCCAAACGCGAUUCCUUCACCUGGAAUUGUGUUAGGCACUGCUUCAGCAUCUACAGCGGUUGAUUUGACCUCUCCUUUACCUGUCAACCUGACAUUGGAAAAAGAAGUAGCUGGUGCUUGGAUCCUCCUGCAGAUGUCCAUUCAAAGCUGGUGACUACAAUUGGCCAACGCCUGUCUCUGGUGUCUACAUACCAAAUUUUUCACUGUCUA